CUCUCUUGUUACGAAAACAUGUUGCCUUAGUAGUAGAAUGUUUGUAAAUAAGUUUGGACCGUUCUGACAGCAUUUUUUGAGUUACAAGGACGUCCUUUUCCUACAACGUACGACAAUGAGUUACUACGGCGGUGCCUACCAACAGCACCCGUACAGCGGGCAACAGCAGCCUGCGUACGGGCAGCAGUAUCAACAACCCUACCAACAGCCAGCUUACAACCAACCGCACCUGCAGCAGUACAAUCAACAGUGGCAGCAGAGUCAGCACUACGGCCAGUAUGGCAGCUAUUACCAACAGAAUGUCUUCUCCGUUCAGGCACACCAGGCUUUCCAGUUCAACAGUGUUGAUGAGCUUCGCCAUGUAUUUAUGUCUGAGAUGUCCAAGAAUCCUGAGAACCAAAGUAGGAAUGCAAUUCAAGCUGAGGACUUGGUGAAUAUUCUGAACAACACACCAAGUAUAAGGAAUCACUUCAGAGUGAACUGGAGUCGUGAAUUAUGCAGCAUAAUGAUCGCCAUGUUGGAUAAAUCCCAAGAUGGCUUCAUGCAGUGGGAGGAGUUCCUGGAGCUCCAGCAGUGUCUGGUGGCCUGGCACAACGUCUUCUGUCAGCAUGACGCAAACCGGUCCGGCUACAUCGAGUCGUGUGAGCUAGUCAGGGUCAUCACUGGUCUAUUUGGUAGGUGUUUAUUCAACUUAUUUUCAUUCCUGAGGUCUACUCCAAGUCAUAUUCACAUUGAAGGAAAACCAAGUUCUAUGGAUAGUUACCUUCUUUAUUACAAUGAAUGCAAUGUUCCGGUAUACUCCAGAGUUGUCCCCCCUGGGCGGUGUCUGGUGGCAUUUGAUGACUUUGUGUCUGUCUCAGUCAGACUACGGGCAUACACUGACGCCUUCAGGAAGAGGGACGCCCUGAGCAAUGGAGGGGAGACAGGGAGAAGCGUGUUUGGCUAUGAUGAUUUUCUGAGAUGUGUGAUGUGUCUGUGAUAUUCUUCAACCAAAGAGGCCUUCAUAAGAUCCAAUACUCACCAUUGAAAACCAGAGAUCCUUAUCCUCAAGCAGGCAUUCAUCUUGGGCCAUGUGUUGAUAUGGUGGUUCCAUCAGAGGUUGUUGGAGAUGCUAUGAAGGUGUCAGAGGCUUCUACUUCACAUGAAAAACCACAAGUGUAAAACUGGAGACACUGCAGGGAUAUUAGUUUCCCCGGAGUUGUGUCAUUUUAUGAAAAUGCUGUAAAAUUGCUGAUUCUUC